CCUUCUUCUCUGUAAUUCUUCGGUGAAACCUUUGAAAUCAAGCUGCGGUACUCGAUUCCUGCUUCUCUCCCGAAUCAUAAUGGCAUCAGCGGUCGUAUCAUCAUCAUCAUCUUCUUCUUCUUCUUCUUCAACUGGAGUUUCAGAGAGAAGAGGAAUACCAGCGGCUUCUUUCGUUCAAGAUGUACAAGCCUACCUUACUCAAUCAGGCCUUGAUGUUAACUCUUCUCUUUCAUUCCUCCAAGAAAGGCUUCAGCAGUAUAGAUUGGCUGAGAUGAAACUUCUUGCGCAGCAGAAGGAUCUUCAGGCAAAGAUUCCUGACAUAGAAAAAUGCUUGGAUAUAGUUGCUGCCAUGAAAGCUAAAAAGGACACUGGUGAGGCUUUGUUAGCAGAUUUUGAAGUCUCAGAAGGCAUCUAUUCUAGAGCGCGUAUUGAAGAGAUGGAUUCUGUUUGUUUAUGGCUUGGCGCAAAUGUCAUGCUAGAGUAUUCGUGUGAAGAGGCAGCUAAUCUUCUCCAGAAGAAUCUUGAAAAUGCGAAAGCCAGUUUAGAAGUUCUUAUUGAAGAUCUACAGUUCUUAAGGGAUCAAGUAACAAUAACACAGGUCACAAUUGCUCGUGUCUACAACUGGGAUAUUCAUCAACGUAGGUUUCAACAGGCUACUACUUCGAAAGAAGACUUGUGAGAAAGACGGUAAACUCUUAUACUUGUUAUGUUUAUUUGAAGAUAUUUUAGUUGUUUAUUUAUGUAAUUUCAAUUCUCAUUUUGUUGGCUGAUUCUUAAUUAUGAUUGGAUCUUUCUUUGAUUACUUUGAAACCCUAAAGAUUGGAAUGAUGUUGUAAUUUUACAAUUUGAGGUAGUUUCAAUUUGGACAAUAAUAAGUCUUAAAUUAUUUGA